AAUAGAUAUUACGAUAGGAGAAAAACUUCACUUAGACAGAGACUGGUAUUUACUUAAAGGGUCGCACUUCUAUCAAUGACCUCAGGGUGUCAACACAAUAUUGUACCACAUAUAUUUUACGACGAUUUCUUCGGGAGUAGGAUUGUGGGGCGGAGAAGUGGAGAAACUCUGUAAAUGACACUUAGCCGAGGUCUUUAAUUAGUAACGUUUAUCGAUGUACGUCCCAGUUUAACGUAAAAUGAGAUGCGAUCUUCUAGACUUUAAAGAUGAAGUGGAAUUUACAUUUAAUCAUGGGAGUAUGUCAUCAAAGCGAAAGAACACACCAACCAAAUUGUCUCAGGACAGUCUUGUUGUGAAUGAAGCCAUCACAGAAAGUCUAAAUAGUGACUGUAGUGUCAGUGAAGACGAACUUGAAUCAAGAUUUCAAAUAGUGACAAAAACAGAUAGCGAAUCAGACUCUUGUUCAGAGAGUAGACCAACAAGUAAAAAGCAAAGAAUUUUAGAAAGUGUCAAACGUGACUCUGACUCAGAAUCGGAAACAUCGCAACUCGCCAACGGUGGUAAUAAUACAACAACAAAGUCCUCUUCAGGAUUGCAUCGUAAAUCAAUGGACAGUGUCUUACGACGUCUGACAUCACGGACAGAAAUGGCGGAAUGUGACCUAGAGAACAAUAACAUGAACGAUCAGCAGCAUGACCGAAAAGUAGAAGAGAGCUUGAAAGUGUUGCUCAGUGGAGGUGACAGUCUAAAUGACAAGGAAAAAAGACUUAGUGAAAUGAUUGAACAACUCCAAUCUCUAAAAGAUACCAUUUCAAGGAAAAAACAGGAUCCUUAUACAGUUAAUGGUUCAGAUAAUAGGAAUGUUCCAUCUUCAGUGACCUCCUCCCAUGUGUCUUCCAAAAGUUCAUCCCCUGUAACCAUAGAUACGAAGAGACGUUCCGUUUCACCUCUGACUGCAUCACCACCAUAUAAGGUAUCACCACAGACCUCACCAAGCAUGAGACAACCAAGUCCUCAGACGUGUCCUUCACCUUUGUGGACAGAUCCAGCCAGACAAGAAAUACCACUCAAUCUCUCAAAGCCCAAAACAGAGGUCAAGGACGAUUAUGAAACAUACAGCCGUGGAAAGUCCGAUGUCAUGACUCCUCCUCCUGCUCAUAACAACCAUCAUAGGAGACAACCCACACCUUCCUCGCCUCCUCCCGAAACUCCACCUCCUUUCAUGGGAGUUGGAAACCCAUUUGGAUUCCCUCAGUACCACCCCUUCAUGAUGAACCCUAUGACAUCUAGUGUGUUUACCAACUUCACUGCACGUCCACCUAUCUUCAACGGAAAACAUCUAGACAAGGAAUCACUGGUUCAGGAUGCACUAGCUAAACAUCUCGCCCAGUCCGCUAGUACGCCUGUUUUUCCAGGGUUUGCAGGAUUGCCUAUGUUCGCUGGGGCACAUCUUCCACAAAUGCAACAGUUACCAGGGGUCAAGGAGAGGUCGGAUCCUCAAGACGAAGACAGUCAAAACAGCAGUAGCUAUGUCCAACAUUUACAAAGUAAAAUGUUUGGAGCCAAAAUCAUUCGCUCACCAAAAGAUAAACCAGAGCCUGCAAAGCCCCACAUUAAACGUCCAAUGAAUGCUUUCAUGGUAUGGGCAAGAGAAGAAAGGAGGAAAAUUCUCAAGGCCUGCCCAGAUAUGCAUAAUUCCAACAUUAGUAAAAUUUUAGGAGCGAAAUGGAAGGCUAUGACAAAUGCAGAUAAACAACCUUACUAUGAAGAACAAUCACGACUCAGUAAAUUACACAUGGAGGCACAUCCUGAUUACAGAUACAGACCUAGACCCAAACGAACAUGCAUUGUUGAUGGGAAGAAAUUACGUAUUUCUGAAUACAAACAGUUAAUGAGGUCACGACGUCAAGAUAUCAGACGUGUUUGGUACGGUGAUUCUGGCACCACAUAUGUGGAGGGAUUACUCAAUAAUGGAGAAGGAGGAAACGCAUCAAGGUCACCUUUUGACAAUGGCAACCCAACAAUGAAUGGGUCCCCAUCCACGUUCCACAAUAGUAUCCACCAUAAUGACGAAAACAUGGUGAACGGUAACGAACCUAUGGAUAGUAGUGAUGGUGAAUUUAGUGACAAUAUUGACGCUUCAUCAGACAUUAGUAGGGAAUCCUCCUCAUUAAAUUCUAUAAAUAGAAACAGUUCCCAUGGAAACAGUAGUCUGCAACAAGCUGCAACGUCAUAGUAACCGUGUUAUGUUAUGUAUGAACAAAUGGCAGCAUGGUCUCAUAUAUUGUUGUUUUUCUUUAUUUUAUUGUACGAAAGAGUGCUUGACGGAGUAACAGGACCGAACACUAAAAAAAAAUGUUAGAUGGGAAAAAUUGGAUAGUGUAUUGUUCUGUUGUUAGUACUUGCAUUUUAUAUGUUGUUCUUUGAGAACAAAAAUAUUGAAUGAUUAAAAUUAUCCAGUUUAUAUUUAUAAAUAAUAAGAACUUAAAAUGUUUAUAUGUUUUGAAAAGAAAUGUGUUGAAAUAAUUUUUAUUUCACUUUAUUCUGCAUAAAUGAUCUCAUAUUAAGAUAUUAAAAUUAUUUUGGGCAUUGUAAAAAAUUAGAGUGCUGUUUGCAUAACUGCAUUGGUGACAGAAAGUACUAAUUUUCCAUCUUGAAUAAUAACUAUGAAUAGAAAUUGCAUUAGGAGUUUGAUUUUAAAGUGAUUUAUUUAUAAAAAUGAACUGGAAGUUAUUUUUUCAUUCAGUUAUAAACGGCAGAAUGAAAUUCUGAAGUAAGUGUUUAUAAUACUUACCUGAAUUUAGAACACUUUGCAUAGUUGUUAACUUUUGUAAAACACUCGCCUGAGUGGAUUUUUUUAGACACUCAAUUAGGUGUUUAUUUUAUUUUGGUGCUAGAAGUAUACAUGUUUGUGUGUCUGUUCAGAUGUUAGUGAUGUAGUUGUGAUAGUGCUUUUAUGUAAUCGAUAAAUAUGAUCCAUCCAUGUUUUUUAACAGUACUACAAAUCUGUUGACCAUAUGCACACUCACUUGGCAUUUGUCCUUUACCAGAAUUAUUAAUUUAUAAAUUAUGAAAUUUUGUUAAAUUGACAUUUAAUUUUUUUUCUCUUUUUUUUUUCUUUUUUUUACUGAAUACGUUUUUUUAUACAAUAUUUUCCAAAAUGUUUGAAAAAAUAGAAAUUAUGACAAAGAAAUAUAAUAAAUCUUAAUGUUCUUUGAAUUGAAACUUUAGACUUUGUAACUUUGUUAAAUUCUUAAUUUAAAAAAUUGAAAAAUUUAAGAAUAUGUUUUGGUGAGUGUCUGUUGUUAUUUUUUGCUAUGUUGCCAUGACGAUGUCCACUGACGGGACAAAUUUUCAUGUAAUGUAUGGUGCAGUCAUAGUGACAUUGUCGUUUGAUUGGUUGAAACCUUCCAGUCUUAUAUUGGGUCCAAUUUUUUAUAUAUAUUUGAAAAAUAUUACGCAUGAAUUUUAUUGUGUUAAUACGCAAAUAUAUUUUGUAUUAAACUCAGGCAGACUCCUGCUAAAAGUCCCAUUGUGUAUAUAUGUUGGAUGAUUAAAUGGAGAAACCAUUGUCUCAUUGUAAUAAACCAAUUUUUAGUGAAUAUGCAAGUUUCAUAUUGUUUAUUUUAGCAUUUUCUUUGUAUUUCUCAAUAAGAAUGAAACAGCUUUAUUUUAAAGGUUUAUAGGUACAUGUAUUAAAAUUGAAAAUUUAAAAAAAAAAAAAUCUAAAAAAAAUAAGUUCAAAAAUGAGGUUUAAAACUUUUGCACAAGAUAUUAACUCAUAAUUGUUGAGAUACAUAUAAUUUUCGAAUUAUCAAAAUCUGUGAUAAGUUUAUCACUGUUGUUUAUAUAAGACAUUUUAAAUGUUCUUCUUGAAAAAAAAGAAAUGAUGAAAUAUUUUGUUGUCUUCCCUUGUUAUACAUCUUUCUAAUUUAAUUGUGGAUAAGAUUUUAAUAUUUUUAUUCUUUUAGUUAUUUAGGGUAAUCAAUUUUGUUUUACAUUUCCAAGUAAUUGAUAAAUAUUAUUAGUUCAAUUAACCAUCAGAUGCAUUAGAACUGGUACCAGUUGAUAUUCUCCGGAUGCUCUUCCUAAAAGUUACGACUAGGUACAAGUUGAUAAUCCUAAACUCCAUACAAAUUAGUAUAAUCCUUAACUUUAUAACAAUCAGUAAAAGAGAAAUACAAAGAAUUUGCUGAAGCUAACAUGAUAACUUAUGUACAGAACAAAUGUAGGCUGUUAGCAUUUAUUUUUUGUUAAAUUUGUUACAUAUAUAUAUAAUUAUAUUAAAGUUAGAAAUAUUAAUUUUAUGUUAUAACUUUUUUUGCUCAGAGCUGCCAUAACAAAUAACUGCUAGAUGAUAUCGUCUUCUACAAAUUCAUGAUGGGGGAAAAAAAAUAUAAUAUUUUUUUCACCAUUUUAGAAAUUCUGCGUUGCUUUUCUUUAACUUUUUGUAUUUUAGGUGCUUAUGAGACUUGCAUGAAAAAAUCUUAAUUUAGAUACCACCAGUUGAAAAAUAGUUCCAUUUUCAUAACGAUUGAUAUAUUCCAUGUUUCAAACACAAAUUCCUACUCAGAUACAAUGUAGUAUCUUAGCAACCAUUUAGUAACCAUGACAUCCAUUUCUUUUGUUUUUGUUAUUUAUUAUUUGUUAACAUAUUUGUUUGUGUAGAACAGUAAAAUAUCAGCAAUUGUUAUUUUGUCAAAUAAAAAGUAUAUUAAUUGGACAUAUAUGACAAAAUGUCCAAACAUGUAUGAUGCUAGUAGUAUUUUUAACAUGCAUUUAAACUUAAAGUUGCAUUUUGUACUUAAAUAUUUGAACUGAGGAGAGAAAAUGAAAACUAGAUUGAUAUUUAGAUAUUUCUAGUCAGCUAUUUAUGAAAUGCAUUUAAAUUUUUUGUUCAUGCAACAUAUAUAUUUCAAAUAGAAUGCUUACAUUACUUGAAGCUAUUAUUGAAGUUAUGCAUAUGCAAACUGUUCUUUCAAGUGGACGCAAAUUUAGAAGCAGCUCUGAAUUUGACCUUUUGCAUUUAUAUAUUGGAACUACAAAUUCUAUGGCUAUUCAAGCUGGAUGUUUGCUCAUCAGCUAGAACUUUCUGACAAUUACCUUAGGUCAUCAAAUAUUUUUGUGAAUAUAUUUUUUAAAGAUUUGAGUCAAUUCCUAAAAUUAAUUGAAAACGAUAAAUCUAGUGAAUUUAAAGGAAAUAGUUUAUUUUCCAUUUUAGAAUCUAAAAUCUGUUGGUAUUUCAUUAUCAAUCACAAAAACAUUACUCUGUUUGGUGACAAAGCUAUGGUCUCAAAACAGAAAAAUGUUGAAUUUUAGGGGAGAUAACUCAUGAUUUGAGAUAUUACCCAGAACACAUCAGAUUCAGAAAUGGUGAAUUUGAGGGGAGAUAACUCAUGAUUUAAAAUAUUGGCAAAAAUAUGUGAUGGCUUCUGUAGGUAAAACAAUUAUAUAACUGCUUAUAUUAGUUCGAUGAUUAUUUGUCAUGUGACAUUAUGGUGCCAUUUUGAACAAAUUCUUUAACAUAACCUUGACAACCAUUGCUGAUACUAAUUAUUUGUUUACAAAAUAGCUAUUGAACAAAACAUUGUUAACAGUUAUUUCAAUUUUUUUGUGACAUCAGAUUAUUAAUUAAAUAAUAAACUUUUUUAAUUUA